UCACGUGGCGUCCAUCGGAUUCACAGUGAUCUCGACCGUUGCUAACCCAUCCAUGCGCACCCGUUUAUUGCUCCAGUCGCCGCUGCCUUGGGAUUCCGAUCCCGUUAGGGCUUCCUCUCUCCGUCGUCGUUCUGCUCGAUCGUCGCCGGGCCUUCACUGAUGGUGAAGGUACAAAAACUGAAGAGGAGGAUCCAGGAAGUUGCUUCCCUGACUCCGUCAGAGAAGAUCAAAAAGAAGGGGAAGAAGAACGAGGAGAAUCAUCCAAAGGAGAGUAAUCCUCCGACAUCCUCGACGGCGGACGCUGCUGUGAAUUCCGUUGCCAACACCAGCAGGGCGGUGGAAAAUGGGAAGAAUAAGGAACCUGCCGCAGCCACUCCGGUCGAGAAGAGCUCGGGAUUCAUCUUUAUGUGCAGCAGGAAGACGAAACCCGAGUGCUUCAGCUUCCAGGUAUUUGGACUUCCUGGUGGAAAGAAGGAGAUUGUGGAGAGGAUCAAGACAGGCGCCAAACUGUUCCUCUAUGAUUUCCAACUGAAGCUUCUGUACGGGGUUUAUAAGGCCACCUGCCAGGGUGGGAUGAACCUGUCACCGGAAGCUUUCAGAGGCGCCUUCCCAGCUCAGGUGAAAUUCAAGGUUUAUAUGGACUGUCAGCCACUUCCCGAGGCUGUAUUUAGAUCUGCUAUUAUAGAAAAUUAUAACAAGGGCAAAUUUACUCCUGAGCUUAAUUCAAAACAGGUUCGUAAAUUGUUAUCAUUGUUUCGUCCUAUAAAUGAGAUAUCACAAUCAGCACCUUCUCUCCCAAAUGUGUCAUCAUCCACCAAAAAUGUGGGUGGGCAUAUCAUGUCUACUAAGUAUGUCCAAGAUCGUCCUCAUCUAGUCCGUUCACUAAAUGAGAUAUCACAAUCAACACCUUCUCUCCCAAAUGUGUCAUCAUCCACCAAAAAUGUGGGUGGGCAUAUCAUGUCUACUAAGUAUGUCCAAGAUCGUCCUCAUCUAGCUCGUUCGCUUCUUGACGAUCGAUAUAGGUUGGACCAUAUGCCACAUAUUGCACCUAUCCCACCACAUUUGCCUCUUGAAGAUACGUUUAGGUUGGAUCAACUACCACUUGUCACAUCUGAUUUACCACUUGAGAAUUCGCAUAGGUUGGGCCAUUUGACACAUGGCCCGCCUCAUCUGCCCAUUGAGGAUCCAAUUCGGUCGAGCCAUUUGACACAUGGCCCUCAUUUGCCCAUUGAGGAUCCAAUUAGAUCGAGUCAUUUGCCACAUGUAACACCAAUGGAGUUGAGAUAUCUUCGUCAAGCCCAUGCAAAUGAUUCCUAUGCUUACUCCGUACAAGCUCCCUCUAUAAUACCUGCAACCACUCAACAUCUAUCGAAGGCUACACGAGCUUGCUAUGUUGAUAAUCCUACACGAGGAGAACGUCUUGUGUACAGGUUAGUUCCUGAGAGGAUUCCGGCUACAGAGGGAGAGACCCUUUCAAAUCCUGAGCAGAGGAUCUAUGAACGAGUCAUGAACCACCGAGUGGCAGGAUAUGAAGAUCCAAAUGUACCAAGCAGGGUUGCGACUGUGGAGACUGUGCCUGUUUCUUCCCGCUACGUGUUUCCUGGGACUGCCACUGUGUAUCGCUCGUAGUCGCAUGGAGAACUUCUAAGAUGUUGUAAUGGUUAACUGCAGGAAGACAGGAUUUUGAAUAUCUGGCAUGUAGCUUUUGCCUUGGAGGGAUAAGUUCCUAGAACCUCAAUCUUUUUAAACACUUUGCAUUUGGUAGUUAAUUAGGGCUGGUACUUUUAACAUUUACUAUGUCGUAUCAGCUCGCUCCUAUUUGCUUGUUUUGUUUUUCCAAGUAGAAUUUGAAUUCAAUCAAUAUGACAGUAAACAUUCGUUCUGUUUCA